CCCCCAAUCUUCCUGUAUCACUCGGACAAUAUGGCGGGAGAGAUUCUUCACAGAACAUCAAUUUUGUAAAUCUUUGAACUUUUGUAUUUGGUUAUAGCUCAUGGACGGGUACACAGCGUGUCUAAGAAAGCUACGGAAAGUCUGCACGUCAGUAGAAAAGCAGAUUGUAAAAGCUGACGAUGCAUUAACUCACUCUAAUGGUCUCAUCAGCUCUCUGCUGAACUUGUUGGAACAACUUGCAGCUUGUGAGAAGGUCUCAUUUGAUACAGAACCCUUAGCUCACUUUGGUGAUCUGCAAGGAAGACUUAGAUUCAAACUGACUUCAGCCAUUGAAUCCCUACUGGUGAAAAUACACGAGGAUUUAAAUACUAUCAAAGAGGUUGCAUCAAGGUUUGCAGAAUUUAGAAGAAGCUCAUUUGAUGUGUACAAUCAACAUGCAUCUAAAGGUAAUCUAUCAGUUGCAGAAGCCAUCACUGCUGGUCCAGUAUGUCCGUCUAUUGCCAGCAUGCUCGAGUGGCUUCAACAGUUAGAAAGAAUGUAUGCUGGGCUAUGUGAGGAGAAGACUGAGAUCCUUGAGGGAAUCACAUAUAAUGAUCUUCCUCAGUCACAAAAGGAGCUAAGAAGAUGGAAAACUCAAAGAAAUCCACUUCAUCUAACAGCUGCAAUGGACCAGAUUCGGGUCUUCCUUGCUGAUCAAAAGGACGCAUAGCUAGCAGACUGAACCAGUUAACACUGUAACGGGCUAACAGGAUUUACCAGUUAGCAAUGUGACGGCAAAGGAUGAUUUUCCUGUUAGUAGAGGAUAGCAUACAAAUAGAGACACGUUAUCCAGUGAGAGAAACCACAACCUUUAGCUUGUUAACGACACAGAGGAAGGAAAAGUGUCUGAGAGCAUGAGAAAGAACGAGAACAAUCAUGGGAAAUUUGUUGGCCAUAUUUAUAUUGUUUUGCAAUGCGGAAACGAGGGGAAAAGGAGAAAAAACGAAACAAAAAAAGUAUUAAGAAUUUUGUGUAAAUUUAGCAAGAGAUGUUCAAAUUAAAUGUAAAAAAGUGCGUAA